AUGUUAGCUUACCUGGAUGACCUCAUCGUCCUCUCCACCUCCUUUAUGAGCCACCUUACUGAUCUGAGAGAAGUGUUCAGGCAGAUGAGAGUAUAUAACCUGACCGUCAACAAGAAGAAAUGUAACUUUUUCGUUGCAAGGAUAAAGUACUUGGGUCACUAUAUUACUCCUGAAGGAUUACAUGUUGUCCCCGAGAAAGUGGCUGCCAUCAUGCAACUGCCUUCUCCAGCAAAUUUGAAGCACUUGGUGACAUUUUUGCAAACCUGCUCAUGGUACAGGAGAUUUAUAGAGAAUUUUUCCCUGGUCGCGGAGCCUCUCACUAGGUUGACAAAGAAAAAGGUAGUGUGGAGGUGGGAAAAGAAACAAACUGAGGCGUAUGAGAUCUUAAAACAAAAAUUAACUUCUGCCCCAGUACUUCACCAAACCCUAUAUAAUAAAGACCGAUGCAAGCAACUAUGCAAUCGGUGCCGUUUUGGUCCAGGAGAAAUCAGAGAAGAACAACUGAAGGAUGAGUAUAUUCGGAAGAUAGUAACGGUUCUAGAAGAUGUAAAUAAUCAUGAAGAUGCUGCUUAUUGGAGCAACAAGGGAUACAUAAUGAACAAUGGGCUUCUUUAUCGUUACAACCCUAAUGCUGAUUCAGAUGAAGCUCAGCUAAUCGCUCCUGAGCACACUUCUGACGACGCGUUACAUGAUUUAAGAGCCAUAGUAUCAAGUGAGAACUUUAUCGCAGAGAUUACUCCUAAGUUGUUGCAGCUUGCUGAAGUCUUGGAAAGAGCUAAGGAAGUACAAGAGAUGAAAGAAGAAGCGCGGAAAAUAUGGGUAGACAAGACUAGAAGACAAGGUACAAAGUACUCACCUGGAGAUUUAGUUCUCGUUCAAGUCCAUGCAAUUAGCAGAGCGACUCAGGGGGUGAGCGCUAAAUUUGCUCCCCGCAGAGACGGACCAUAUGUCAUUACUAAACAGCAUGGUCCAUCCUCAUAUCAAUUGGCACUCCCCGAGACUCCUCAGACUAUCAUUGGACUCUAUCAUUCCUCUGCACUUGUGCCUUGCCAGGGUAAUGUAGCUGAUUUACCCAAGCCCACACAACCAAUUAGAAAGAGAGGUCGACCUAGGAAAAACCCACGAUUAUAG